AUGGAUCAAGAAAUCGCAACCGCCGUUACAAAAUGCAUUGAUUGCUUUUCCAAUAUCCUCAGAGUACCCAAAAACUUAGCCUGCAACUCGCCGACCUUCGGAAGGGAUAUGGCGGACCAGCAGACGCGAUUCAAUGUGUGGACUGGAAAUAUCGGCGCUCAUCGCACCGGCCCGAGCUCUCUCGAUUACCGACUUCGAGACUCUUCGAAUGUAAAAGACCAGGUGCUCAGUCUUCUCAAAGACCUGGUUGAGCUCAUGCAAGAUGCCCAUGACAUCCUCAUGGGAAUAGAGGUUCCCUGGGACCAGAUCACUGCUGAUGAAGAGUUCGAUGAGUCUGAUGACCCUGAUACAGAAUUGAAUCAGAUUUCCGCUGAUGUCGCGGACGUGGUGAACUGUCUCCUUCGAUUGAGCGUGACCAUACGAAACCCUGCACCCCACGAUCGCUUCAUCAAGUCUCACUCGAUUGAUACAUCUCACUAUGAGAUCUUUGACAUUCAACACGUCUCUUCGAAAUUUAGAAGCAUAGAUCCUCUACUGGCCGAAAGACUAGGCAAGGCGAUAAGUCGACGGCGUCAGUUCUUUAAUUACAGAUUGGCUCACUGUACAAAACUAUCGCAGGGUCUCACGCACGAGGGAGGUGACGGUGAAACGAUUGCAUCGUCACUGCCAGAGUAUCUGAAAGAUGCCGCUAGUGGUGGUCAGCCCUUGCCCAUCGAUGCUAUUAGGGGCGAGGGCUCAGACUCUGGCUUUUCCCAAACGUCAUAUGCCACUUCGCUAACAAGCGUGGAUCAAUGUCGAAUACCCCCCUUGCCGAAAGAGUCAUCAGAUGGUCCAUUCGAAUGCCCCUUCUGUUACACAAUCAUUGUUGCGGAUACUAGAAGUUCGUGGAAAAAACACGUCUAUGGCGAUUUGCGGCCAUAUAUAUGUUUGGAGAAGGACUGUAAUACUCCAGGGAGAGAGUUCUCCCGGAGACACCAGUGGAUGGAGCACGUGAGACAGAUUCACUGGAAGCUAUACUCAUGCCCAUUCGCGUGUGACCUGGAGUUUUCCUCUCCUUCCGAAUGCAUAAAGCAUGUUUCUCGAAGUCACGCGGGAUCAGUAAACACCACGGACCUAGAUGCGCUUGUGUAUCUGAGCCAGAAGCCCAUGGACAUUAGUCGGGGCGUCCCAUGCCCAUUUUGUGCUGAAAUGAUGCGAUCCGCCUCACAGUAUCAGCGUCACGUGGGCCGACAUCAAGAGCAACUAGCACUGUUCGCUUUACCGACAGUAGAAUCGGAUGACAAGGAUGAACGUGGAAGCGAGAGUGAUUUAAGUGAAGGGUCAGUGGACAUGAUAUCUAAUCAGGACAAGCGAGGCGAUGAUACCAAACAGCCUGAGGAGCCACUGAAUUCGCAUUCGAUACCCGAGACAGGCGUGCACACUUUACCACCUAAGGAAUCUAACACUGGCGGGACCGGGAGGCAAAAAGAAUACUUCCUACCGCGAGAUGGCAUUGCUCGAGAGGUCAUUGCAGCUGAUAUCUGUCGAUAUCUCGGGAACGAUGCCCUUGUGCGACCUGGACACUAUGAGAACCCUCAAACUGGCCAGGCAGUUCAGGGAUACUUUAUAACGGCGUACGAGGAUAUGACUACAGCGAUGAUAGAAGACUUGAAAGCAGACUCUGCCCAAUGGGAAAGAGAAAAGCGGGAGGUAUCGCGUGGAAUCGUCAACUGUACACCCGAUCAAGGAACACGAAUCAUGGGAUAG